ACCCUGGUUCUAGAUGUCUAUAGCUAUUUCUUAUAAAUAGCUCCUUAUAAUUAGGAGUUUUUUAGGGAAAAACUCCUAAUUUUUUCUGCUUCAGAAAAAAUUAGGAGUUUCACCAUAACAAUGAAUUUUCUUGGAUGGUUGGAAAGAGUACGGUCGAUGAAGAUCAACUUUAAGUGCAUUAGUUUAGAGCUCAUAUAUUUUACUGGCGCGUCUGGACUUCAUGCAGCAUUUGUCUCGUUGAUUUUCUCUACUUGUUCUUGCUUUAUGUUUUUAUCUUUAAACACAAGCCCAGUCGUCUCACCCGUGAAAGACAAUUGUGAUUCUUCUUCUGCUUAGCAGGGUAAAAAGAUAUCGAGCUCAGGUUCAAAUUGAUACACUUUUAUGAGUUUCAUUGCAUUCAUUCUUCUUUCAAUAUUGUUAGAAGUGCAAAAAAAAUGUGUAAAAACAUCUGAAUAAAGUACUAGUUUCUUUCAUUUUUAGGAUAUUUUUGUAUGAAAAUGGUUGCAUUUCUGCAAGAUUUUGAUUUGUUGUAAACAAAACUUAGACCUUGAUGGCAAAAAUCCAAAUAAAAGUCCUAACCUACUCUUUCUCUUGGUCAGGACUCCUUGUUUUGCUCCUGUGAUCCAAUUUUUCAGUGUCUGGAGUGGGCGGGACCUUUGUGUCUGGGCUGAGGCGUAAUAAGAUCUUAUUGGCUGGAGUGCUGCCUCAGGAUCCAAUCAGAACAUGGGAGGUGGAGCUAAACUAUGAUUCCACAGAAGAGGAAACCAGUUCCUGAACCAGACGCGCAACCUUUUCCCCCCAGUUCUCCUGUCGCGCUACAGGUUUUGGCUUUACCAAGAUGAAAAAGGUGGUUUUGGUGACUGGAGCGAACAGUGGCAUCGGCCUCGCGCUGUGCGAGCGUCUCCUCUCACACGACACGGAGGGCCUGCUCCUCUGCCUGGCCUGCAGGAACGUGCAGCGAGCUCAGGCGGCGCGCGCUGCCCUGCUCGCCUCUCACCCUGCAGCCCAGGUGGACCUGCUGCAGAUGGACACCAGCAGCGUCUCCUCUGUUCUCAGAACGGCACAGGAAGUCAAAGUCAGGUACGAUCGGCUGGACUACCUCUACCUAAAUGCCGGCAUCAUGCCAAACCCAGAAUUUGACGCAAAGGCCUUUUUUAGAGGCCUCUUCUCCAGUAAGGUGAUCACUAUGUUUGCCACCGGUGACGGGAUUCUGACUCAGAAAGAUGGUGUCACUCCUGACGGCUUGCAGCAAGUUUUUGCCACCAACCUCUUUGGUCACUUCCUUCUCAUUAGGGAACUGGAGCCGGUUCUGUGCCAAGAAGGACGAACCUCGCAGCUGGUUUGGACCUCCUCUAGUAACGCUAACCGUUCCGCCUUCAGUCUCGAAGACAUACAGCACCGGAGAGGAACUCAGCCUUACAGCUCCUCCAAAUACGCCACAGACCUGCUCAGCCUGUCUCUCAAUCAGCACUACAACAAGCAGGGUUUGUACUCAUCUGUCGUCUCCCCUGGAUUUGUGAUGACAAACCUGACCUUUGGCAUUCUCCCGUCGUUUCCGGCCUUUCUGUGGACAUUGCUCAUGCCUGUCUUUUGGCUGAUCAGGGUGUUUACCAACACUUUUACCCUGACACCUUAUAAUGGAUCUGAAGCUUUGCUUUGGCUAUUUAGGCAAAAGCCUGAAUCUCUGGAUCCUUAUGCUAAAUACCACAGCUUAACAUCAGGGCUUGGAAACAACUACACCCAACUACAUAAGAUGGACAUUACUUUUGAGACAUCAGAGUCGUUAUAUAUCAAAUUACUUCAACUUGAAAGUGACACAAGGAAGAAACUGGCAGAAACACAAGCUGCAGGCCCCUCACUGAAGACCUGAAGGAGCUGAAUGAUCCACAUUCCACACUGAAAGAAAGAAGAUGCUUUCUUUUUUUUCCACCAGCAGCUUGCAGGAAAAUUCACACCCGUUGAACUUAUCUGCAUUUUCUAUGCAACCUCAAAAUUUAAUGCAUAUUUUAUUGGGAUUUUAUAUACGAGACAAAAGCGUUGGAUAAUUGUGACGUGGGGGGAGGAGAGGAUCUGUGAUUAUCGAAACAACUAAACAAUUCAGAAAUGUGGCUAACAUUUCUAUUUAGCCACUGCCUGCAGGUAUUUUUUUGGGUACAACUACUCUUAAAUUUUGACUCACUCUGUUUUGUAAAAUAGUUCAACGUCAGGCAUAUUCAAGAAAACUCAUCCAGUUGGUCAUAAAUUUAAUGCAAAUUAUUCAACCCAAAACAUUUUAGUGUAGCUUUUGCAGUAUGUCAACAGGGUCGUGCAUUUUCUGAAAUAUGGAGCAAAUUAUAAGAAAACAAUAACAUAAGAAUAUUACCGAUUUUCUAGGAAGUUGGCGUCCAGUCAUCACAUUGCAAUCCAGGAGGGACUGUUUGUAAUCUGGUUAUCAAUCCCCAAAUUAUCCAGACAAAACGCAGCGCUGUCCGACAGCAGACUUUCAUCGUCGUCAUCAUCAUCGUCGUCGUCGUCAUCGUCAUCAUCUUCCCAGAAGUUGACAUAUGUGCUCUGGGUGAGUGUCUCCGCGGUGUACGGCGGCGCGGCCACUUGCAGAAGCCCAGCGGCGCACCUGACGUCCCGCUGUGGAGAACCUGGUGCGCACAUCCAGCGGCGCUGCCUCGGCUCCCCGGCUUGGUUUCCAGCGGCGCACUCUCCCUCCUCCGCUUCGCUCAAUUUGGGGUUGCAAAACGCCCACACCAUUCCGCAGAAGUAGAUGAAAAAUGUACCCAUGACCAUGACCAUGAGCGCAUAGGACUCUAUCAUAGCUUUAGUAACUGGAGACGUCAUUUUUCUUUAAGGAGAGCAGGAGCAUUGAUUGUAAUCAGAAGAAGCGGCUGAGCGGGUCAUCACCGUGAUCAUGAAUAAAGGGGGCCGGGCCUUAUAAACAAGAGAACAUCUGCUUUCAAAGUAAACUAUUACAAAUAAAAACAAUU